UCUCUAAAUACCCUCUCUCUCUCUCUACCCCCACAAACUUAAACGCCGAGAAGAAGCUAAUUAAUUCUGACCUGUAAAGGAGAAAGGGAGAGUGAUGAGUGCAAGUCACGGAGGUGGGCCUUGUGGCGCCUGCAAGUUCCUUAGGCGUAAGUGCGUAAACGGUUGCAUAUUUGCACCCUAUUUUGAUUCAGACCAAGGUACUGCUCAUUUUGCUGCGGUGCACAAAGUGUUUGGCGCUAGCAAUGCCUCCAAGCUGCUCUUGCGCAUUCCAGCACACAGGCGGCUCGAUGCGGUCGUUACACUUUGCUAUGAGGCUCUGUCUAGGGUUAGAGACCCCGUCUAUGGCUGCGUUGGUCAUAUCUUUACUCUCCAGCAACAGGUAGUGAAUUUGCAGACAGAGUUGGCGUAUGUUCAGGCCCGCCUUUCUACAUUUCAGCGCCUUCCUCCGCAGCUUAUAUCUCAGAGUCCAUCACCUUCAAAUCACCAUUCCUCGGCUGCAGAUUUGGCAUCAACUACUACUUCAGACAUGCAAUCUAAGUACUCUGACUUAGCCAUGCAUUUUGAUCAUCCUGAUCUUCAACCACAACCAACAUCGACGGAAUUAACAGGCCUUUUCAAUUCGUUGGAUGAUGAUCAAUAUCUCUUCUUGGAUGGCGAUGUCCAAGCAUUGGCUCGGGAAAUCAUCUCUAGGUACAUGCCCGGAGUAAGAUUCAGGCCUAAUUCAAGUCCUCAUUAAACUGAUCUUUAUACGUACCUUCGAUCUGUUUUUGUAUAAACGUUUCAACUCCAAUGUCAGUGCUUGUUAUUUGGUACGUUUUGGCUCUCAUGUCUAAUUGUCUAGAGUGGAAUCGUACUUUUUUCCACAGUUAAAAUGUUUACGUAAUUUUAUGAGUCGAGCUGCUUUUGCGCUUGGAAAUAUUUUAGCAACCACUCGUUUUUCUCAGCCUAAAGUAACUGCAUCUCAUAAUCAAUGUUAUGACCAAAAAUUAAUGCAAUGCAACCAUCGAUUGAGUGUUU